AUGACUACUUCGAUUUCUAACCUUCCUAUUCCUUCCAAGAUCGACGAUGAAGUUGACGAUGCUGACCUCCCUUCCGGACAUAUAUGGGCCUAUCCAUGCAAGCUUCCUUCUUGUCCCAACUACGGCAAACAAGAUGCACACGUAACGACAAUGACGACAACGAUCGCACGCGGCGCAAUCGAGAAAGAGUGGCGGUAUACCACCGAUCCUCAUUUGCCGCCUCGAGCAGCCCCAGAUUUUCGCCCACGAGACGAUCCAGACGAGCAUGUGUGGGACUACAACUUCAAAGAUGAUACUGACAAAGUAAUAGCUAGCAGAGGCACGCUAAAGUAA